AUGGACAAGACCUCCGCCGGUAGCGUCCCCGAAAAAGCAUGCGCUAUCAACUUCGCCGUACCUCUUCUCCGGGGAAAGUACCCGAUAAAGGCGGCCAACAUGACAAGCAACUCAUUAUCCGAACCCAAGCUCAUUGAGCUGUCCCCCGAGGAGCUUCGAACCAAGAAGAUAGGCUCGCGUAACCUCCAGGCCGCCGUCGAGGCGCUCCACCAGGAUGGCCUUGUGGUGCUCAAGAACGCCGUCGAUGUCGACCACCUCGACAAACUGAACGCGCGGAUGGUCCCAGAAGCCAAGGACUUGUAUGCGAGGCCCAGCACGCACCGCAAUUUCGGCCAGACCACGGGUAACAUCCAACAAGAACCAGUCCUCGAGGACGGCUACAUCUUUCAAGACGUCAUCGCUAACCCAUGGGCUACCGAUGUGAUACAAUGUAUGCUAGGCCCCAAGACAACGCUACGAUUCUACAGCGCAAACACGGCAUUUAAAGCCACGGGCCGGCAGCCUCCACACAUCGACGUGGACUUUGACUUUCCCAAGGUCCCGUUCGGGUACUGCGUCAACAUCAACCUCGUGGACGUGACCCCGGAAAACGGGUCCACCGAGGUCUGGCUGGGGUCGCACGCCGACACGGACGUCGGCGUCCUCGACCCGGAGGAGUAUCAGAUCCGCCCGAGCCUCCAGAGGCAGCGGAGGAAGACGCGCCCGCCCACCCAGCCUAGUCUGACCAAGGGGUCACUUGUCAUCCGGGACUUCCGCCUCUGGCAUGCGGGCAUGCCGAACCGGACUGACGACCCGAGGGUGAUGUUGGUGACUGUCCAGUUCCCAUCUUGGUACAGGAGCGAGCUGAAGAUGAAGCUGCCGAGGGCCGUGCAGGACAAGAUCGAGUGGGGAGACCUGGUGCCUUGCGUUGAGUGGAUGGACGAGGGGUAUGACUACCUGCAGGGGGCUCAUGAUCAUGAUUUCUCGCUUCUUCCCUGA